CUCCACCCGUCCCUUCUCCCCCGUUUUCUCUCUUUUUGAUAGUGAUGUGAAAAGCGCACCGAGACUGAAGGCUCUGCUGGUUCACAGAGGUCCUCCAUCUCCAAAAACAAAAAGGGACGAGUUCUCACACCAAGUACAGAGCAGCGAGCAAUGAGGAAGAAAGAAAAGAGGUGCUUGUCCAAUCACAGAUGCAGAUGGCCACAGAAGACAUGAGUACCAGCCAAUCUGGCACCAGGACGACUUCCUCUUGCCAAUUUAUACACAACAAAUCAAAUGCAACCCCCUAAUUAAACAAUUGAUACCAUUUACCUCGGCACACGUUCUGCCAAUGAAGUGAUAUGUACCACUCAAUUCUACUUUGAUAGAUUCUUCAUUUCUUACAUGAGUUUUAUACAACUCAACGUGUAACCACAAGACAAGAUAAGCAGAAACACAUUUCACCAUGCUGUGACUUCAAGCGGUAUAGAUACACAUCUGACGAACAAGGCAACAUCAAGUUACCACACGCUGAGAUAUUAGCGUACGAACGAGCCCUCACUCCCUCGCAAAUGGCGCAAGCCUGAAUGAAUAAAUGUUAGAUGGCAAGCAUCUCUGCUCGGCUUUCUCCAAUGGCUGUUGUGACGACAUCCCAAAUGGCCCAGAAGACAGGACAGGGACGGCAGAGACAUAACGUGACUGGAGGCUCUUCGUCAGUGGUCCUGUCCACAGCAAGCUCCUUCCUCUGCUGGCUCGCCCUGCUGUCAAUAAUGCGGUUGCCAAUGGUAACAGCUGACUGCUGGCUUAUCGAAGGCGAGAAAGGCUUUGUGUGGCUGGCUAUCUGCAGUAUGAACCAGCCGCCUUAUGAGGCCAUCCCCUCCCACAUUAACAGCACUAUUGUGGAUCUAAGGCUGAAUGAGAACAAGAUACGGUCGGUGCAUUAUUCUUCACUCAGCCGCUUUGGCAACCUCACCUAUCUGAACCUCACCAAGAACGAUAUCAGCUAUGUGGAAGACGGAGCGUUCUCAGCACAAUUCAACCUGCAGGUUCUCCAGAUGGGUUUUAACAAGUUGAGGAACCUGACAGAGGGGAUGCUGCGAGGUUUGGGCAAGCUGCAGUAUCUCUACCUGCAAGCCAACCUCAUCGAGACUGUUACACCCAACACCUUCUGGGAAUGCCCCAACAUCGAGAAUAUAGACCUCUCCAUGAACAGGAUCCAGGUGCUGGAUGGCAGUUUGUUCACAGGACUCUCUAAGCUGACCACUUGUGAACUUUACACCAACCCCUUCAACUGCUCUUGUGAGCUGCUGGGUUUCCUGCGCUGGCUCUCAGCCUUCCCCAACAGGACCAGUGAGAGGAUGGUGUGCGACUCCCCUCAAGGAUUCUUCGGCUACAACCUCCUGAGCCAGAACCCCCGCAUGCCUACCCAACGCAAUGCACUGCACGUGCUCAGUCUUGUAUGCACAGACGACGGUAGUAGCGUGACCUCCUUCUACGCCAUUGGCACGGCUGAUUCCACCACCCCGCCCCCAGAUUUUGCCUCUCCUUGUGGAUUGGACGAUUGUGCUUCCGGGACCCCUCCUGAUGAGGUCAUCAGCUUGAGCCCCCUUUUCCCUGACACCAAUCCACUCAUGACACUAAAGCAGGUGCUACAUUCGACUGCUGUGAUUACGGUUCAGAUUCCUCAUCCGUACAGGAAAAUGUACAUCCUGGUGCUUUAUAACAACAGCUUCUUCACAGAUAUCCAGAAUCUUAAAAAUCAAAGAGAAGAUAUUGAGCUCAAGAACUUAAAACCUAACACCGACUACAGGUACUGUGUGGCUUCCAUACGAAACUCCCUGCGCUUCAACCACACUUGUCUGACCAUCUCCACUGGCCGCCGAGCCGGGUCUGAGAGGAGAGCCAAUCAGUCGUCAGCCACCCACUAUAUUAUGACUAUUUUGGGCUGCUUGUUUGGCAUGUUACUCUUCCUUGGCCUUGUUGUCCACUGCCUGAGGAAGAAGAGGAUAAUGCAGGAGAAGGAGAGGAAAAUGAGCAGGAUCCAAAGGACUCUGAUAGAGCUCAAGUAUGGUGGAGAAGGGGAUAUAGAGGGAGGGAGUGGAGGAUCUGUUUCCCAGAAGCUUGGUGCUGGGGAAAGCCUCUCCAGAAUGCCCUACCUUCCUCAGGGUGGUGAGAUUGAUCCCUACAAGCUGCAGGAGGUGAUAGAAACACCAGUGCACAAGCCUGCUAAACUUAACUACAUGGAGGUGAGAGGGUCCGGCAUUGAAAGGGAGAGAGAACGAGAGCGAGAAAGAGAGAUGUCGCCACAAGCAAAUCCCCAGGGCUCAGUCGCAGAGAUCUCAACCAUUGCUAAAGAAGUUGAUAAAGUUAACCAGAUCAUCAACAACUGUAUAGAUGCUCUCAAAUCUGAGUCUACCUCCUUUCAACAGGGGAUGAAAUCCCCCUCUUCUGCAGGCGGAGGUGCCGUUUCUAAUGCAGAGCCACAGCUGGUGCUCCUCUCUGAGCAAGGAGAGAGAGAAAGAGGCAACGAGUUCCUCUCUCCGGUGUAUAAGGGAGGGAGAGGAGGAAGAGAAGAGAGGGGGAGAAGCUAUCAUCAUUCUCUGCAGCGACACCACAGCAUGGAGGCACCUCCUACCUCCAAAAGGCCCAGCACCUCCUCUUCUCCCGGUUCUGCCCGGAGCCCUCGCUCAUUCCGUUCAGAGGGAGGCUACCACUCGUCAGAGACCCGUUAUAUCGAGAGGACUUCGCCUGGUGAGAGAGGAGAAAGGGGGGGAGGUGGAGGAGGAGAGGCCAUUCGUACAGUCACCCCAGCAGCGGCAAUCUUACGAGCUGAAGCCCAGAGAAUCCGCCAGUACAAUGAACACCGUCACUCCUAUCCCGGCUCUCAGCAGCACCUCCAGGAGCUGCAGCACCACCCACAGGUCAUGCAGGAGCUCCACCACCACCCAGGGGGCCGUAAACCCUCCAUGUUAGACCCCGUCACCCUCAACAGGCAGGCCAAGCAGCGGGAGCUGGCCUACUCCCAACUCUCACCACACUACCCGCUCUCGCCCCAGUACCACAACCUCAGCUACUGCUCCAGCCCAGACGAAGACGAGGAGGACGAGGGGCUCCUGUGCACCCCGACCCUGGGGCUGUGGGAGAGAUUCAAACUGCACCGUAAGAGGCACCGGCAGGCGUCCAUGGAGGAUGAAGGAUACGUGGCGGCCGGACAUGCCCUGAGGCGAAAGGUUCAGUUUGCCAAGGAUGAGGAUCUUCACGACAUACUGGACUACUGGAAAGGUGUGUCCGCCCAGCAGAAGACCUGAUCCCACAUCUGGAGACCCCAAACACUUUGAAGAUGGAGAAUUACAACACUGCACCCAUAACAUAUUGAUACAGAUACACAGACAGAUACAAAAAUGACCUGUAAAUACACACAAACACACAGGAUCUACAGAACCACACAUACUCCUAUACACACACACUUUACACAAACCAAGCCUUUGCUUCUGAGAACAUGAAGGAGGACCAAACUAAUAUAUUAUAUUGAACAACAAAAAUCAUAACUUAUAGAGAGACUGAGUUACUUUUUGUAAUGUAAUAAACAUUAUAGCUCAGACUUAUGUAGCUAUUUGUACUAAGUUUUGAAUGAAGAAAAAAAUGAUUAACAUUAAGAGCAGAAACCUUAAAUGCUGCCAGGCAACCCAUCCUAAACAGCCUGGCUACGCUUUUAAUCUGCCUCGAGACGGACGUUCUUUCAUCCUGAAAACGGCGGAUUUCACCUCACCAAUUCUUAUUACUUCGGGGGAUCGAUCAAGAGGUUGGUUUUUUUGCAUCGCGCCCUGCGAUGCUGCUUCGAAAAAAAGACAUUUUGAAAGAUUUGCCGUGAUUUGGGAGAUUUUAAAACAUCAAAAUGACAAAUUCUGGAUGGGUCGCCAGGCAACAGUAAUAUUCAACUGUGCUGAGAAUGAGUAGGUAGCUCUCGCCAGAGAGUGAGUAUAAUGUGCCAAAUCAAACAAGGGGGGAUAGUAGAGCCCUACUGUGUACCAACUUCUCCUCGCCACUGUUUUUAUAUACAGAAUUUAAAAAAGCUAGAAUGAUAUGUUAUUAAUAUUAAUUAUUCUUAUUACAUUACUGGUCUUCUUAUUAUUCCUAUGCUCCUCAUCAUUAAUAUUCUAUUAUUUGAAUAUGGCAUGGCUCUGUCGUGUUACUGUGUUUUGACUGUUUCGAGCCUCUCAGCUGAGAAGUGAACACCAACAGAGACAAACAGUUUGACGGACGAGACAUUUGAGUUCUUCUUUUCUACCAAGAGGAAUGUGCUCUCUGCUGAGCCAAACACAAGCCCGUCUUUUCUCUUGGUGAACCCCCCGCUCCUCAUCCUCCUGAAGAGGGAACGCUGUACAGAUGAGAGAGAGAUGAAGUUCUAUAUUUGCAACAGAGGUGACUGUUUUGUUUGUACAACAUGGUUUUGAAAUCUUUCAGACUUUCCAGAAAACCAGAAUUCUCAAGUUAGUUACCUACCUGCUCACUUACUAUGGUACGUUUUUGAUUUUGAAAUCGAACUAAAAAUUCUAAUCUUCAAAUGAAUGUCUUUAAUUCCCACAGGGGAAACAUAUCUGCACUGUUCAAAAUCAAAAAACGACUCUUAGGAAAAGACCUAAAACUCUCAGCUUCCUUCCCGACACACUGUAGCUCCACUGUGUUUGAUCAACAAUUAAGUUUUCCCCCCUCGUCCCAUCUCCCAGGUUUUUACUUGUUAUCUUUUGGAUUCCUCUGGUUCCACUGUGGUGCCAUUGUGCCAACUUGGUAAAUCACAAAGAAGUAUUUGAAGUGAUUUUAAAUACUACUAUUAACAGACCUCUUCUCCUUCUCAUCGAAACACAACAAUUUGCACAAAACGAUCCACCCCCAUUGGCUCACUGCUCCCCUUCUAUCCUCCAAUCAUGUCUAAGACCAAAGUACUGUGGUAGUAAAUUGACCCUAAUAGCCCCCUGACCCGGCCCCCAGCUAUUUACCCACCAUCACCCUUACAGUAACAACUCUAGCACAUGCAUACACAACCACAACCAUACACAGAUGAAUGUAUUCUUUGAGAAAUUAAUACUGUUUAGCAGCUAGACUUUCUAUUUCUGAUGUACAAGCUGUAUUCAAACGGUGUCCUUUCUUCAGAUGGCCACUUGUGUUUCAGAAUUGAUCCUAAAUAAGGAAUAUUUGGCUUUCUAAAAAAAACUAAUUCUGACGACUCACACCAGUUUGUGUCACACAUUUGUCCAAACGAAGCCCUAAAUUGCAGACGUCUAUUGAAGUAAUAGCAAUGGGGGUUUGCCUUAUAUAGAGGUUUUCAACUGAAGAAGCUCCUGAUAUUAGAAGUGUUGUAGUAAAAUGUGAUAAACAUCAGUAGCGUGUUGAAAAGAGACUACAUGUAUAUCUGCAGGAUCUAAAUACAGGAAGCUGAAAAGAGGUGAUAACAAAAAUACUUUUAUACAGAACUGUAAACCAGGGAUGGAGUCAAGAACAUUUCAAUUCAGUGGAUUUUGAAUUUAACAAGCUUGUAGUAUUCAAAUUAUUGACAAACAAUUUGUAAAUACAAAAUGCUUAUACGGACUGAAUCGCUUUCACAACGCUUUCUGAAUUGAAGCAGAAUUGACUCCAACUUUGAAAACUACACAAUGGAAACAAGAGAGCUGGCAAACAAUGAAAAGUUUAUUGGUGAAUGGAAACACUGUAUAAAAUCUUUUUCUCUCUGCUAUAAUGAGUUCAGAAUGCUCAAGUCAGUAAGCCCAGUUAAAGCCAUGAUCGUGGGUCAGUGAAAUCACCACAGCUGUUUGUAGCACUGCAAAAGCACAUUCAUUAGUGUGGUAAAAAAAAAAAGAAAAGAAAAAGGCAGUUCUCUCCUCAUAUUGCAGCAGCGACGACACGUUUCCUCAAACAAACGGCUCUGAUCCGACAGGAAACGGACGAGCCGUGGUUGUUCCUGCAUUACACGUCUCAGAUUGUGGCUUUAACUUAACAACAGCCUUAAAACAUUCGAUUUUCUUUACUAUUUUUGACAAAAGCAUUGCUUUGAAAAUCGAACAAUUUCCUGGUUUCUUAACUUAUACUUUCCUGACUGCAAUUUUAUAAUUGCUUGACUCUUUAAGCCUCACUUGAGCAUUCUUUGAGUAACAGUAAUAUCAAUGUAGCGAUGUAUUCUGUUUUGUUUAUGAACAAUAAUGGCCUGAAUUGAUCGUGUGUCAGAGGGUAGCAGAGCUCGUCUGUGGUCGGACAACAACAAACUGAGGGUCGAGGCGACAAGUCGACAGUGACCCUGAUCAGCGCUGCUAUUCUUUGAAGCGCGAUGAAGAGAAACUGUGUUUUUGAAACAACAAUGCCUAGAAAGUGGAAAUAAAUAGAGGUCCUACUGACAACAGACAGAAAACGACAAUGGAGCAUGAUGCAAGGAAAUCCUCAGUGGAGGCUUGUGUUACAUACUUCUAGUGAACGACUCAGGAGCGAGAGAGCAAGAGAGCGAGAGAGAGAGAGAGCGAGAGAGAGAGAGAGCAAGAGAGCGAGAGAGAGAGAGAGAGAGAGAGAGAGAGAGAGAGAGAGAGAGAGAGAGAGAGAGAGAGAACGCUCUGCCAUAGGAUCUCUCAGAGGCUUUCUUUCUUUAUUUUCUUGUCAAAAAAUUAAAAUGAGCACAAUAAAAUAGCCUUUCUUUCACUGUCUCCUUUCCUGGAGAAACCAUACGUAUGCCAGAAGUUUUAAACACACUCAGGACUUUCACUUUUCAACUAUGUUUGGUUGGUUACUUUUCUUGAUUAUGUGCUUAAAAGGGUCAAUUUACCCAAAUCCCAAACGGGUAUUUAGCCAUGGACAGUUUGGUGUAAUUUGUGAAGGUUUUAAGAUAUUAUUUUCUCUGAGAUUUCUGCUUCCACCUCAAACACAAAGCGGGGGGGGGGACUAUUUGUUGGUGGUGCUCAGUGUUAAAAAAAAAAACAUUUAAAAAAAAAAAAUGAAACUCUUUACAUAGCAUUGUCCCAGUUAUUGUUAGCUACAGUUAAAAACGUUUUCAAUAAAGUAGUUGAUAGUGAAAACUGUUGACAGUGAGUGUCCCUAAUAUUGAAGAAUAAUAGGGACGCUGUUUUGGGAAUGACAAACUGCCAAACAAUCAGACAAUAAGUCCGAGACAUGCCAGGGCCGUUUCUCUGUCAUUAGCUUAGCUGUGGUUUAAGGUUAAAGACGGUUUAAACCUGUGUUGUCGAUGUAAAAGACAUAUGAUGAUGACAUAUGAUUGCUGUGUCCUCAGACGCUGUGUAAACUGCACCUGUGGUUUAGUCUGAACCUGGUUGCUGUGUCCUGUAGAAAUCACCUGAACCCUCCGUCAAAACACUGCAUCCGAGGUUUAACUUGAACCUGCUGCACGCGUGCUUUAACGGAGGUUCACGGUUCCAAAGUUCAGUACAAGGAAAGAUUUCUACAGCUUAGAUUAUUUAUUGUUGAUUUCUAAAAUUUCUAAUCUUUUACCAUGUAUGUUCUUUUGAAAGCAACACUAUAACCAAGUGUCAAACUUAUAUAAUUGUGAAAUUACAAUUAAAGCUGUUACUUUUU